AUGCAAGAUGAAAUUUUCGGACCUGUGGUUGCAAUUUCAAAAUUUAAAACCGCUGAAGAAGCUGUUGAAAAAGCACACUUGACUAAGUAUGGUUUGGGUGCUGCUGUUUUUACCAAAGAUAUGUCAAGAGCAAUUAAAAUUUCUAAUUCAUUAAAAGCCGGAACAGUUUGGGGAUUAAAAUUAAUGCUUAAAGAAUUAAUGAAAAAUCAUAUGGUACUAUCAUUGAGAAAAAUGCAAUUAUCAAUGCAACAAAAAUUAGAUCUUAAUGAUCCAUACUUUUAUCAAAAGAAAUAG